AUGGAGUCUUCUCACCCGACCAAGAAGCGCAAGGCACAAGUCCGCUUUGACGACGACGACGACGCGAAAGAGGAUAACCUCGCGUUCGCUUUGCUAAAUGCGUUGCUGGCCAACCAACGUGUGCUGCCGUGUGAUCAGGGUUGUGUAAUUGGCGCCAGUCUACAACUCCCAGAGGAGAAGGACCAUGCGAGUGACGGGAGCAGGAGGACAGCGGGACAAGGACAGCAGAAGAUCAGCAGGAGUGGCAGCGAGGACUUGAAGGAUGACGGUGAUAGUGGCGGCGGAGACAAAGGUCCUGUAGGACGUUGUAUCGGUCUGGGUACAUUCAAGGAGAGCGGACGCGUGGUGGAAGCAUAG